UAACCCAACAAAAAAUUGUUUUUGAUGUUCAGUUUUUGUUUGUUUAGUUGAAAUUCAUUGAACGGUAGCUAGCAAAGAAAAUGGUAGCAAAUAUGAAAAAAAUGGAGGAAGUUGUGGAAAUUGAUACCUUAGAGAAGAGUUUAUUGGAGAACAAUGAUGAAGAAGAAGAAGAAGUGUUGUAUGCGGCGUCGUUUAGAGAAAUGGAGAAGAAUUUUGUCAAGUACCAAACGGUACAGUGGGUACUUUACUCAGUGUUAUUGAUAUUAGCAUGGGGAAUUGGGUUACUCAUGUUGAUUUAUAUACCAAUUAGAAGGUUUAUACUUAGAAAAGAUAUUCGUUCUAGAACUCUUUAUCUUACUCCAAAUGCUAUUGUUUACAAGGUUACAAGGCCGGUACCAUUUCCAUGUUUUGGAGUGCUGCAUAAAGAGAAGCAUGUUUUAUUGCAUUCUGUGGCUGAUGUCGUGGUUGAACAAGGGUACUUGCAAUCCCUUUUUGGUGUAUAUUCUCUUAGAAUUGAAAAUGUUGGAGUUAGAAGGCCACCCAGUGACGACGUUAAAAUCCUCGGUGUUGCAAAUCCUAAUGCUUUCAGGAAGGCUGUUAUGAUGCGUCUAUCAAACAUUAGAAAUGAGAUUGUUUCGAGACAAGUUGCUACACUAGAAGAUGCUUCUCAUUCUGGGGAGAUGCUACUAUUGCAGAAACUGGAGGAAAUCGGAAGCUCUGUCAAGAGAAUGCAGACUUUAUUAGAGGAGCAACAAUCUCAAGCAACGGAAUCCAUAGAUUGAGAGAGUGGUGGAAUAAAGUAAUUACAGCCAUUAUAUUCUAUCAGAGGAGCUCUGGAAAUGCAAGUUGAUACCCCAUGCAAUAUAGCUAGUUCAAAAUCAUUCCAUUCUGUCUCCCUUUCUGUGGUCCCUUAACUUAAUUUCAGAUAACAUUUUAUUCCUUUUUCUACAUUUGAAUAUGAAUUUUAAGCUUCAAAUCUAUAAUUUUCUUUCUGGGUGCUGUCAAUCGUAAAUAUAUGUUAUGUUCCAAAAUAACCAUAGAUUUGAAACUUGAAAAAUCAUAUACAAAGAUGGAUGGCGGAUCAAAAAGGACAAAAGUGAAAAAAAGAUAAAGGACUAAAUCGUUACCUGAAAUUAAGUUAAGGGACUAUAAGAGUAAUUUUGUCUAAUUUUUAUCUUAUAGCGUUCAACUACACCUUGUAUUUUUGUAUAUUUUUUUAAGAAAGUGUUGUACAUCUUGUAAUGCUGCCUGACCAUGUCUAUGAUGCCAUAUAUAUGUAUGUGUUUUCAAUUAA